GUGAGGAGGCCUCCGCGGCCCCGCGCGCGACGCGGCUCGGGACCGCCUCCUGCUCUCCUCAGUCGGUGCGAUGGCCGCCAGCUCCCGGACAGCUUCGGGCUGGGGACUAUUGUCAUUUACGGAUAUAUCUAUGGAGUUGUCCUUGGAGGAAUGGCAGCUUCUGGACUCUGCACAGCGACACUUGUAUAGGGAGGUGACCCUGGAAAACUACAGCAACUUGUUAUCAGUGGGAUAUCAUGGUACUAAACCUGAUUUAGUCUUCAAGUUGGAGCAUGGAGAAGAGCCAUGGGUUAUAAAUACCAAAAUGUCCACACAGAACUGUCCAGAAGGCUGGGAAGAUUGGUACCAGAAAAAUCAAGAUGAGCUUGAAAGUAUUGAGAGAAGCUAUGCUUGUAAUAUGAUUGGAAAACUUCAUCUGAGCAAAUCCCAUGUUUCUUCAAGGCAAAGACUCCCUAAGUCUAACAUACAGGGGGAAUGUUUGACACAAAACUUGGGUUCAAGCGGAAACUUAAGAAAGAAUCCUAAUAAGUUUCAUAGUAAUGAAGAGUCAUAUUUUCUUAAGCAUCAAAGUGCUUAUAGCAUAGAGAAGAGCUGUGUGUGUAAAGAAUGUGGGAAAGCUUUUCGUUGUAAAUCACAGCUCAUUGUACAUCUCAGAAUUCAUACAGGGGAGAGACCUUACGAAUGCAGUAAAUGUGAAAGAGCCUUCAGUGCCAAGUCAAAUCUUAAUGCUCAUCAGAGAGUUCACACAGGAGAAAAACCCUACUCAUGUAGUGAAUGUGGGAAAGUCUUCUCUUUCAGGUCACAACUCAUAGUACACCAGGAAAUUCACACAGGAGGGAAACCGUAUGGUUGCAAUGAAUGUGGGAAAGCGUACAGUUGGAAAUCUCAGCUUAUUUUACAUCAAAGAAGUCAUACAGGAGUCAAACCUUAUGAGUGCAGCGAAUGUGGGAAAGCCUUUAGUUUAAAGUCUCCCUUUGUUGUACACCAGAGAACUCACACAGGAAUGAAACCUCAUAAGUGCAAUGAAUGUGGGAAAGCCUUUAGAAGUAAGUCCUACCUCCUUGUUCACAUCAGAAUGCACACAGGAGAGAAACCCUAUCAGUGUACGGAUUGUGGGAAAGCCUUCAAUAUGAAGACACAACUAAUUGUGCACCAAGGAGCUCAUACUGGAAACAACCCUUAUCAGUGCAGUGACUGUGGCAAGGCCUUUGGGAGAAAGGAGCAGCUCACUGCUCACUUGCGAGCCCAUGCUGGGGAGAAGCCUUAUGGGUGCAGUGAGUGCGGGAAGGCUUUUAGUAGCAAGUCGUACCUUGUCAUACACAGGAGAACACACACAGGAGAGAGGCCCUAUGAGUGUAACUUAUGUGAGAGAGCCUUCUGUGGGAAAUCACAGCUAAUUAUACACCAGAGAACUCACUCCACAGAGAAGCCCUAUGAAUGCAGUGUGUGUGAAAAGGCCUAUCCUAGGAAGGCAUCCCUUCAGAUACACCAGAAAACUCACUCAGGAGAGAAACCUUUUAAGUGCAGUGAGUGUGGGAAAGCCUUUACUCAGAAGUCCUCUCUCAGUGAACAUCAGAGAGUUCACACGGGAGAGAAGCCAUGGAAGUGCUCUCAAUGUGGAAAAUCCUUCUGUUGGAACUCAGGACUUCGUAUACAUAAGAAAACACAUAGAGAAAUUCAAGUACUGAAAUCAAAGACUUUUUCACAGGAGCUGAUGCUAUAGAGACUCAGAAACGAUUAUUCAGAUGGAAUUAAAAGCAGUGGGUCCUAUCACGUAAGUUGUAUAGGAGAGACCAGGCAUACUUGAGUAAGUUGAAAAAACUGUAAUCAAAAUAUUUGUAGGGCUGUCCUUGGAAGGAGGCUUAGUGGUAGAGCACUUGCCUUGCAUGCAUGAGGC